AUGGAUAUGGAGCAGGGGAAGCGUCUGGCUGUCCUCAUCCUGGCUGUCACUCUUCUUCAAGGUACUAUGGCCCAGGUGAAAGAAGUAAAAGUGGAUGACAGUCGAGAAGAUGGUUCCGUAAUUCUGAUUUGUGACACGAAUGAAAAGAAGGUCACAUGGUUUAAAGAUAUGGAGGACAUAAGUUCUGGAAACACAGAUAAACGUACUUGGAAUCUUGGAAGUAGUACCAAAGACCCUCGAGGGAUAUAUAAAUGUGAAGGAUCAAAUAACAGUUCAAAAUCACUCCAAGUAUAUUAUAGAAUGUGUCAGAACUGCAUUGAACUGAAUCCAGCCACUGUGGUUGGCUUUAUCUUCACUGAAAUCGUCAGCAUUUUCCUCCUUGCUGUUGGGGUCUACUUCAUCGCUGGACAGGAAGAAGCUCGCCAGUCAAGAGCUUCAGACAAGCAGACGCUGUUGAACAAUGACCAGCUCUACCAGCCCCUUAAGGAACGGGAAGAUGACCAAUACAGCCACCUGAGGAAGAACUGA